GAUUUCUUUAUUUGAUAACCAAGUACAAUGGAAGAAUUUACUGAGGGACCAGACAAAUAUGUUAAGAAUGUGCUGCUUUUGAAGAAGGACACGUGCUCGGUGCGCGAGCUUAUCAUCUGGAUCAACAAGCAAUUGCUAUGCGAGAUUAAGGAGCUAUCCGAAUUGACAGCGGGCGACAUUUAUUGCCAAAUUGUGCACAAAGUAGCUCCGAGGGUAAUGCCAAUGGAGAGAGUAUUCUUGAAUACCAAUGUCACUCACGAGAUUGAAUCGAACUACAACAUACUUCGUAAUGCACUUGAUAAACUGCAUAUUCAUAAGAAUAUUCAUCAUCACGACCUGGCCAAGGGCAUCGGCCACUAUGAGUUUAUGACCUGGCUAUACAAGUUCUGUACGGUGAACUGCAGGAGUGAUUCGUACGAUGCGGUUGCUGAGCGCAAAGGCCAACCGAUUGGAUUGAAGAAAAUUAUAAGUGCGACGAAGCCCACAGUCGAUCCCACAGCCCAUCUGCGACGUAGCACCUCGAUUGUGUCUUCAAAUGGCGACAAGGAGGAUGUGGCUUAUCGUUCAAACAGCCUAUUUGCCAUAGACGACAAGAACGGCGAGGGAACUGAUGGCUAUGUUGAUCUAGAUCAGCCC